AGUGGCUUCCAAAAUACAUAACACUUCUAUGCUGGCUUUUCAUGAGAAAACGUGUCUUGUAAAUUUUUUUCAAAACUACAUGUAUAAAUAAGAAUCUCUAGUUUCAUUGUUUCAGAGCAAAGAACAAUGAGGCCUCAAUUUGUGUUGUUUGGUUCUUCCAUUGUUCAAUACAGUUUUCAUCAAGGUUGGGGAGCUACUCUUGCUCACUUGUACGCUCGUAAGGCUGAUAUAGUUUUGCGAGGAUAUGCUGGUUGGAAUUCAAGGCGUGCUCUCAAUGUUGUCGAUAAGGUUUUUCCUAAGAAUGCCCCUAAGCAACCAGAAUUGGUGAUUGUGUACUUUGGUGGUAAUGAUUCUACACCUCUACACAAAAGUGGCAAUGGCCCUCAUGUACCAUUAGAUGAAUACAAAGAAAAUAUGAGGAAGAUUGCUAAACAUAUAAAGAGUUUGUCAGAAAAUAUUCGCAUUAUAUUUCUCAGUACUCCUCCCAUCGAUGAAACAAAAAUACAAAAAUUCAGUGAUGAUGGAAUUCAUCUAACAACUAAGGGGAAUAAAAUAGUGUCAAAUGCAAUAUUGAAAGAACUCAAAGAUGCUGAUUGGAAACCAAGUCUAUAUUGGAAGGAUAUGUCAGCUAAAUUUGAAGAAGAUUCACCAUAUGAUCCAAUUUCUCUCCAUGUAAAGACAACAAAUAUCUCACACGCACCUUUUCCCUAUGCUGGCUCAAAAUUAUAAAAUCCUUUGGAGAAUCACAUAAUAAUAUGCUUCAAUAAAGAGCCUAAGGAAGUAUGCUAUUUUUAAAUUUUAAUUACAUGUUCAAUAAUGAAUGUGUCAUCAUAUUUGACAUGGGUUUUCACCAUGUGAGUAGUGUGAACUUUUUCUCUUGAUUGUAAUUGAGCUGUUUUAUUUAGUGAUAAUAAAUGUUUGUGUUUUGUUUUA